AUGGGAGUAGUGGUGUUUGGUAAAUCAAUAAAGCACAAUUUUCCAGUAAGGAUUGGUCUUGCAAAAACCAUAUUUGGAAUUGGUCCAACAACUGCUUCAAAAUUAAUGGCCAAAAUUGGAAUAUAUCCAAAUUGUAAAAUGAAUCAAUUAACAGAACCACAAAUUAUGGAUCUUAAUAAAGAAAUAUCACAAUUGUUAGUAGAAGGUCAUUUAAAACAUAAAAUAAAUAACGAUAUCAAAAUGAAAAGAGAUAUUGGUUCAUUCGCUGGAUUUAGACAUGCUUGGGGAUUUCCAGUAAGAGGACAAAGAACUAAAACUAAUGCAAAUACUGCUAGAAGAUUGAAUAAACUAGAAAGGUUCAGGCUAUAA